GAAAGAGAAACGUGUAAUGAUUUUUGCGGGAAACAAAUAUGGAUAAGUAGAUAACGGUUUAUACACCUCUUUUAAUAACCAAAAAAACAAAACAAAUAAAAUUGCCGUUAAUUUCACUUGCUGAAAAGAAAAACACACACAGUGAAGAUGAAGAUUUCAUCAUCAAUUCUCACAAAAUCCAUUAAUUUUCAUCGACCCAAUACCUUAAAGUUCCACAAUUUUCACCAUUUUAAUCAACCCCAUAUCCCCAAUUUAAGAAAUGAGAAAAAGAUUAUGUUUUUCAGGGUUUGUUGCAAAAUCAAAGUUCCACAAGAUAAUAGCAAGAAACCCAUUUCUCAGAAAAUUGUGAUUUCUGAGGGAGCUCCAUCUUUGAAGGAGGGGGAGAAGGAGAAGGAAAGCGGCCGAAGGGAAGUUUCUCCGCCGCCGAAAAAGCCAACUUCCGCCGUGAAUAGGUUGUUGAAGAGAACCUCUCAAAAGGUUUUGGGUGUUUUGUCAAAUUUGCCACUUGCUAUUGGAGAAAUGUUUGCCAUUGCUGGUCUUAUGGCUAUUGGUACUUUAAUUGAUCAAGGCGAGUCUCCCGAUUUUUAUGCUCAAAGAUACCCAGAAGAUCAUCCUGUAUUUGGAUUUUUCACUUGGAAGUGGGUUCUAACUCUCGGGUUCGACCACAUGUUCUCAUCGCCAAUCUUCCUGGGAACAUUGGCACUCUUGGCAGCAUCUCUAAUGGCCUGUACUUACACUACACAGAUUCCCUUGGUUAAGGUCGCACGAAGAUGGAAUUUUUUAAAGUCGCCAGAAGCUGUUUACAAGCAGGAAUUUUCAGAAAAACUGCCCAGAGCUUCAGUUCAAGAUUUGGGUGUUGUUCUUAUGGGGGCUGGAUAUGAGGUAUUCUUAAAAGGACCAUAUUUGUAUGCUUUCAAGGGUCUAGCUGGCCGGUUUGCCCCAAUUGGAGUUCACCUAGCUAUGAUACUGAUAAUGGCCGGAGCAACUCUCAGUGCAACGGGAAGUUUCAGAGGUUCCGUUAAUGUUCCUCAAGGACUAAAUUUUGUUGUGGGUGAUGUGCUCAAUCCAAGCGGAUUCCUCUCGAAUCCUACCGAAGCUUUUAAUACUGAAGUCCACGUUAAUAGAUUCUCUAUGGAGUAUUUUGAGAGCGGAGAGGUAUCACAAUUUCGGACCGAUCUCUCUCUAUACGAUCUUAAUGGGAAAGAGGUGUUGAGAAAAACAAUAAGCGUGAAUGACCCUUUGAGGUAUGGAGGAAUUACCAUCUAUCAAACAGAUUGGGGCUUAUCUGCUUUGCAGAUUCUGAAGGAUGAUGAAGGACCUUUUAAUUUGGCUGUGGCUCGUUUGAAGCUGAAUGGUGAUAAAAAACUUUAUGGAAGUUUUCUGCCUGUUGGAAAUGAUGGUUCUCAGAAUGUCAAGGGAAUAUCAAUGCUUGCUCGUGAUCUACAAUCAAUUGUCUUGUAUGAUCUAGAAGGAAAAUUUGUAGGGGUUCGACGGCCAAACUCAAAACUUCCAAUUGACAUUGAUGGCAUAAAGAUUGAAAUUCUAGAUGCCAUAGGAAGUACGGGCCUUGAAUUAAAGACUGACCCUGGAGUGCCCGUUGUAUAUGCUGGAUUUGGCGCUCUAAUGCUCACAACAUGCAUCAGCUAUUUAUCUCAUGCACAGAUAUGGGCUUUACAAGACGGAACAACAGUGGUGAUUGGGGGAAAGACAAACCGUGCGAAGGGUGAAUUCCCAGAUGAAAUGAACUACUUGCUUGAUCGAGUUCCAGAACUAGUAGAUAAAACUCAAAACAAACCAUCUGAAAGCAUGAGUGUGUAACUUGCACUUCGAAUGAAGUAAACGGAAACUUCAAUGGUACAUGAGGAGGUAAAUUUCAUGGGGGAAGAGAAAAUCAUAGCUCGACAUGAUUCACAGUAUACCAGUAAGAGUGCUUCUGCAAUCUGACAUUGAUACAACUUGUCAAAAUAUAUGUGUUCUCAAUUCUCAUUGAUGAAUAUAUGUGUUCUCAAUUCUUUAUAUAGUUGCUGUCAUUCUUGGGAAGUAUUUUCUUCAGCUUGAGCAGGAAAGUAUCUCAAGUUUUGAUACUAGGUCUAUCCCCCCUAAUAUAUGUUAAUGUAUUUAUAGUUAUCUGUAUAAUUGAACGAACUAAUAUAUACGAAAGGGUAGAAUUACUAUUAUUCAAUGUUAUACACUUAUUCAUCA